AUGGUGGCAGCGGGUACCCCACCCGCCUCUCCCUCCGAUUUCCCAGUUACCCACGCACCACUCCCCAACCCCACGGUCGAGUACGCGUAUAACCUAGACCCUAGCCCCCUUUUGGCCCCUGAACCGUACGUUCCAGAGAGCAACAUUCACGAUUGGCUCCGAGACCUGGAUCUUUUUUUAGUCACGGUCCCCAUUAAUCAAUACACGUGCUACCUGAUACGUUUCCUGUCCGCCCCCGCCCGUAAGCGUGCCUUCGACGCGGCAAUCGACCACACAACUCCGUUCAACGUAGCGCGUAGUACUGUUUUGCAGCUCUUUCACACGCCGUCCCCUACAGGAAUCGCAGCCGAGCGUUUCUCCACCCUCAGACAGACUCGUGACCAGUCGGUUGAUGACUUCGCCGAGCAGUUGUCCCAACUCUCCCUAGCGGCGUUCCCCAACCUCCCCCCACCCGACCGCAACACCCUUAUACUGCAUCGUUUUAUAACCGGUCUUAGCGAUCCUAACGCUACCGACAUCCUUCUCCUUCACCCCCCUACCAGCUUGACUGCCGCCAUACAACAAUGCCGGUUAUAUACGGCCUACCAUCAAGACCGCAGACCCCAUCCAGUGCCCCGUACCGUUGCUCCUCGCUCAGAGCCACGCCCGCCCCCACGGAAGGUACACCUGCCCGUACGAUUCCCACACCAUAACCCAGGCUGUGAAUACUGCGCGGCCUAUGCAACGCAGCAGCCACCUUCCAACGGUUAA